AUCCAGUGAAAUAGGAUGGGUGGUGAGUCCACCCAUCCUGCUUCACUGGAUUGGUGGGUUGGAGACGGUAUAAAGGCCCCACACAUCGCCCUGGACCAUUGUGUCUGCCGACGGUGUGUGAGCCAUGCUGAAGACCACUCUACUCCUCUCACUCCUGGGGCCCUGGUCCCCCAAGGGAGCAGCAAUGCGUUGGCCACCUGCAGCGGUCGCUGUGGUUACGGGACGGACAGCGGCUACCCCUGCCAGUGCAACACGUCGUGCGAGCGUUUCGGCGACUGCUGCUCCGACUACGCAGCCCUCUGCAAAGGCGCUGCCACCUCCUGUAAGGGCCGCUGCAACGAGGCGUUCGACUCCCAGAACAAGUGCCACUGCAACUCCAAGUGCAGCCAGCACGGCAACUGCUGCAGCGACUACAGCAGCCUCUGCGGCGGUGAUGCAGGUGGAGGUGGGGGCGGUGGCUCCGUCAGUGACAGUGAGAUCAAAGCCAUCUCAGAGGCUCUCUACAGCCUUGACUCCAACAAGGCCUCCGCCUCAGAACUGGUCCUAGACCCUCAGGUCCUGGUGUCCGACUCCCAGACCAGCUCUCAGAGAGACCUCGCCCCUCUCCCCUUGUUCCAAUUCCUGGACGAGGAGGCCCUGUUCUCCAGGCCCACUUUCGCCGCCCUGGUGGCCCUCCUGGACAACUACCAGCGGGUGACGGGCCAGGACGAGGACUUCAGCCCCCAGCAGCUGGCGGAGCAGGAGGCCUUCGUCAGGGAGACCAUGUCCAAAACGGCGCUGGGCAGGAAGCUCUACGCCUUCCUCUCCUCCAAGGGAUACUACGCCUCUGAGGAGGACUUCCUCCAGGACCUGAAGAUGAUGUGGUUCGGUCUGUACUCCAGGAACAACAAUAAGAAGGAUUCCAGCGGCUUUGAGCACAUCUUUGCAGGAGAGAUCAAAGGAGGGAAGAUCUCUGGUUUCCACAACUGGGUUCAGUUCUAUCUUCUGGAGAAACAGGGCCUGCUGAACUACUACAGCCACAGCUUCGAUGGACCGUGGACCUCUUAUCCAGACAUUUUGGGCAUGCAGUUCCGAUGGGACGGAUACUUCAAGCAGGUGGGCUCGGCCAUCAUGGGCUGCAGCCCUGAGUUCGACUUUGCCAUGUACAGCCUCUGCUACAUCACCCGCCCUGGGAAGAGGUGCUACCUGAGCCUGGGAGGCAAGCAGCUGAUCAUCCAGACGUACACCUGGGACAACUCCUCCUACGGGGACGGAAAGAAGUACAUCGGCUCCGCCUUCCCUGCCACGCCCUAGGAGAUAGGAUGCUGACCUAUGGGAGCCCGAGAGCCGACAACCUGCAGAGCACACAUGUGUGACUUUGAAUAAAACACCUGAACUAAGCUUU